CGCAGUACCUCUCUCUCUCUCUAUCUCUCUCUCUCUCUGUGUGCGUCGUUUCUGGCAGCCAGGGAGAGUGGGGAGGGAGUGGAGAGACGCGCUGGCAACUCCUGCGUUUUCACCGACAUUCUUCAAUGAAUCAGCAACAGAGAAAGCUGCAGAUUGAAAGACCUUCAUCGUGGUGAAAAACCAUCAGAGACCGCUUUUUAACUCGCCGUAAAUGCAAAAUAAGAAAGGUGAAGUGAGAAAGGUUUCAUGAGAUGACAUUUUGUCCCUGGCUUAUUCAAAAGAGCCGUCAUCAGACCCUGAAGAGAAAAGGCAGUGAGGGAAGUAACUUUUGUAGCUCCAUAAAUGGCCUCAGUACCCUGCAGGUGUCUUUGAGUGUGACAAAAAUCAAUUCAACAUGAGCAAUCCAACUAGUAUCCAAGGCCUGAGGGUCAGUGUUGACAGAGGAGAAAAGAUUGGAAAUAAAACCCAGAUCCAGUUCACUCAGUCUGGAGAUGACAACGCCAAUCAGUUAUCCUCAAUCAGUGAUCAAGAAAGAAGAGGUUUGUAUGAGGACACGGGAUACGGCACAAGCUCUAUUCCUCCCUUGGUCUCUCAGAGCGACUCCCCAGAAAAGUUAGAGUUUUGGGGAUCAGAGCAGCAAUGCGUGGAGUCUGACUAUGAGCUUUUGGCACGUCAGGAGAUACAUACUUACCUGGGAAGCAGGAAGCAGGAGGAGAAUGAGGAGGAGGACGAUUGUGGAAGCAUGAAAGAUGGAAAAGAUGAAGGUGCCAUGUCAAUAUCAUCGAGUUCAACAGCCAGCUCUGCUUCUACCGGCGUGAGGAGAAAUGACAAUGACAGCAACAGAGUGGAGAGUAAAAUUCAGAGAGGCAAAGAGGUUCAGAAAAGGAUCGCCUGUCAUAGCACUGAGGAGCUAGACGCAUGUGUGACAGCAGAGAAACAGGACACCAGGUCAGGCAGAGAAAGAUGGAAGGGAGGUCUGAAGGAGUCUAAGUCUGAGACGAAUGUGUUUGUCUCCAGCCUGUCAGCUGUUUCCCUCAGUGGAAGCCUGUCUAGUGCUCUGGAUGGUGAUGGAGAAACUUCUCUCGCCUCUCUGUCGAAGACCAACCCUUAUCACAAUGCCCAAAACACUACCUCAGCCCAGAACAGAAGAAGGGCAGCCCCUGUAGAUGCCAAUCAGAACUCCCCACCGAUGCAUCCUCAGGAGACCCUUAACCCAGCAUUCUCAUACCAGGAUCAGAGAAAAGAUGAGAGAAGUCAUAGAAAUGGCUUGUCCUCUGAUGGAGGGCUAGGCCAAAGGAGAAAGGCUGGAUUUGAGGAGAGGGUGCUGCCACCACGGCGCCAACAGCUUGUGAGGCCCCUCUGUCAGACGGAGAUGGGAAGAGCGAGGAGUGCCGACUCCAACACUCAGCAAACUGAGACAGGGCAACCGUCUCCUCUUAACCUCUCUGCAGAUCCACACAGUAAUGGGUCAAACAGAAAGUUUACAAAAACAUCUUUACGUGAACCAUCUGAUUUCUCCCACCUGUACAACACAUCUGUAGUCUCCCAGCUGAGGCAACCCAGCCAGACAUCCCAAAGGGAGACUCCACCAGCGGAAAAACAGCCAGCUACAAGUGCACGCCACAGUUCCAGUCCCUCAAACCCUUCCACCUUAGAGAAGAGACCCCAGACUCAGCUUACAUACAGAAGGAAUUGCUCUAGUCCCAACAGAACUGGGGUUGAAUCCAGGUCAUCAACCCCUCCACACUCCCCUCUCAGGACACCCCAGGGCUCACCAUGCAGGCAACCCUCCAUGUACCUCGUUUCUAGGAAUGUCUCUGGAGUGGUUAGACACAUCCCUGCUGUAUCAACAUCAGCUCAGGGCUAUGGCAACAGUUGCUUGAGAGCACCAGUCAAAACUAAUAUAAGCACAAGUGGAAUCCCCAAAGCGCCUCUUAACAACCAGCAAAGCUCCCCCAGCUCUAACAACAACAACUCCCCCAAAGACAGCUCGCCAUCACCUAAACUGAAACCUAAAGGAGUUCGCCCCAAAAUCAUUACCUACGUCCGAAAGAAUCCUCAGUUUAAGCCUCAGGCUUCUGAUGGACCGUAUCAGGUAUCCUCGCUACCAUCCAGGCUGUCCGCAUGCACCCACAGCCAAACACCCACAUCUUUUAAAGACACACCUAAAGAGCCCCCAAGGCCUGAUCCGGAAACCCGAGGAGCCCCAGUUCUUUGUGCCUCCAAUCUGCUUUAUGAUAAGUACCGCCAGGAGAUGCAGACAAACAUUUUUCCAUCAGGAAUACUGAAUAGGAGUAUAAGGGCUCCUGGACACACAAACACUGUUCCACCCGUACACGCCCAUAGCCACACAGCACCUCCAAAACUGGGCAGCAAGGCAGACAACUUCUAUGGGACACCAUCAGAGGUUGGAAGAUCCGUCAGCUUGAAAGGCUGCUCCGCUGAGGACGCUCUGCAGAGCAGGACGGCUGCUCAGGCAGGAGGGAGUGGCAGUCUCCUGCGGUCUGGCAGAGGUCUGCGUCUGGGACUGGGAGCUGUCACCAGAACGGCUACGAUCGCGGUCAAGGGCAGAGGACCUAGUCAAGGUCAGAGGUCAACACAAGUCUUCAGCCAGCUGGUCCAACCUGUCACCCCAGCAACUAAUCAGAAAGACCCGGAUAAUACAGAUGACCAGGCUGCCACCCCACCCGCUACUACGACAGCAGCAGCCCAGCCCCAGGCUGCAGCGGCCUGCAGGUCUCUGCUUCCCAAAGCAAGUCAGUCGGGUCUUCGCCCCCCAGGUUUCAGCUCCAGCCGCCUGCCUGCGGGCCGCCUGGCGGCAUUUGGCUUCGUCCGGAGCUCCAGCGUGUCCUCUGUCUCCUCGGCCCAUUCUGCUGACAGCACACAGAGUGACCCCUGCAGAACAGCUCACCGUCUGAGUGUGAGUGAGGAGCCUCCUCUUCAUAGAGUGACAACUGGCACUGCGUCAACAGAUCACCAGAGAGGGGCACAAUGUCGCAGCAACAGCCUCCAGCCCCCCUCCACUCCGGCACUGCCCCGACGCUACCUGCCACCCCAGUCAAGAAGCUCCCCUGGAGUGAGCAGGAAGGAGUUUCAGCGGAGUUCAGAAGUCACACGUUCUCUCCCGUCCUCUCCAAAAAGGCUGGCUGUGGUUCCUCCCAAACCUCAGUCUCCAGCAGCAGUCCGGGGCUCAGCUCCCUCUGGUUCCCCUCGCCGCGUGGCCCCCCUGAGGCUACAGCAAGAACAGCAGGAGAACCUGCAGAGAGAGAAAGAGGAGGCUCAACAGAAAGAGAAACAGAGGCAAGCGGAGGAGAGAGAAAAAGAAAAGCAAAGAGAAGAGGUGGGUAACUGAGAAAUUCUGCAGCACCGUUUGGGCUGUUCAUUCUGGUAUUAUUCUGUGUCGCUUUUCAGGUUC